AUGGACGCUAACAACACCAAGCAUUUCUAUCACCAUCGCUCAAGGAACAACCAACAGUCAGUGCUAACAAAGAACAACCACGUGAACCAUUUGCGACGUGAACCCCGGAUGGAUGCAUACAAGGAACAAGAUAAUCUAACAACAACAACAUUCACGCCAUGA